UAUCGAUGGAGUUGCUGACGGGAUGGUUGUGUGCGUGCUUGCGGAAGAAGAAUAAGAGAGGGCAAGGAGAGGAAGGAGGUGAAGCAGAAGUUGCGGAAGAUUCCUGGGAUUUGUUCUUCGAGCUUCGAACUCUGCAAAUCGCUACCAAUUUCUUCUCCGACUUGAAUCAGCUUGGCCAUGGUGGCUUCGGACCUGUUUUCAAGGGCUUGAUGCCAAAUGGCCAAGAAGUAGCCGUGAAGAAGUUGUCAUUGAAUUCAAGACAGGGGCAAAGGGAAUUCACAAAUGAAGUGAAGCUGUUAUUGAAAAUCCAGCACAAAAACUUAGUAACACUGUUGGGAUGUUGUGCAGAAGGUCCUGAAAAGAUGCUUGUCUAUGAGUAUCUUCCCAAUAAGAGCCUUGAUUACUUCCUUUUUGAUAAGAACAAGUCAUCAUCCUUGAAUUGGACAAAGCGAUAUGAGAUAAUUUAUGGUGUGGCAAAAGGUCUUCUCUACCUACAUGAGGAGGCCCCAGAGAGAAUCAUUCAUAGAGACAUCAAAGCAAGCAAUAUUUUGCUAGAUGAGCAGCUGAACCCAAAGAUUUCAGACUUUGGCCUGGCAAGGCUCUUUCCUGGGGAAGACACCCAUAUGGAGACAUUUAGGAUUUCGGGUACUCAUGGCUAUAUGGCUCCCGAGUAUGCAAUGCGUGGCUUCUUAUCCGUGAAAACCGAUGUCUUCAGCUACGGAAUAUUGGUAUUAGAGAUCGUGAGUGGUAGAAAGAAUCAUGAUUCAAAGUUGGGUUUAGAAAAGACAGAUCUUUUGAGCUAUGCAUGGAAGCUCUAUCAAGAAAGAAAUACAUUGAACUUGGUGGACCCUAGUCUUGCCGAGUUCAAUAAUGAUGAGACAGCAAUUUGCAUUCAGCUGGGGUUGUUAUGCUGUCAGGCAACUGUUGCUGAGAGACCUGACAUGAGUUCUGUUCAUCUCAUGCUCUCAAGCGAUUCCUUUACAUUGCCUGAACCUGGAAAACCAGGAAUUCAUGGCCGUGGAGGGCGUUGGACUACCACCUUUUCUACUAACACCAAAUCAAAUGCUACUAGUACUAUUAGUACUGGUGUUACUAAAGCUUCUAUAGCUUCUAUGGAUAGUGGUUUAGUUGAGGAUUAUUCUAGAAAUAAUAUAUCUUUUUCUUCCAUAGAUGAAGGCCGAUGACCUCCAUUAAUUUUCUGUAUAGCAUUUUUAUGGUUUUAUGUUCAUAACCAUAUUAUUUUUUUCUACAAUUUAUUCCAAAGUAGAAUUUAUUGGCAGUAUUUUUGUA